AAAAUGUCACAGUUGUAUUACAAGAAAGCUGACAGCUCCUCGUACAGAGACCGCAUCGCCCUGCGGAUUGUGCGCGCAGAAGCUGAGCUCUCUCCCAUGGAGAAAGCAUACCUGGGGGCCGUUGACAAUGGGGACUACGCAAGUGUAAAGCAAGCCCUGGAGGAGUCUGAAAUCUACUUCAGAAUUAAUAUCAACUGCAUUGAUCCACUUGGACGCACAGCCCUCCUUAUUGCCAUUGAAAACGAGAACUUGGAGAUCAUAGAGCUUCUGCUGAGCUACAACAUCCAUGUGGGUGAUGCCCUCCUGCACGCCAUUCGUAAAGAAGUGGUGGGGGCCGUGGAGCUGCUGCUCAACCACAAGAGACCAAGGGGGGAAAAACAGGUGCCCCCGAUUCUACUGGACAGACAGUUUUCAGACUUCACCCCAGAUAUCACUCCAAUCAUCCUGGCAGCUCACACAAACAACUACGAAAUAAUCAAACUGCUCCUGCAGCGAGGUGUUUCCAUACCUCAGCCGCACGCUGUGCGGUGCAACUGUGUGGAGUGCAUGUUCAGUCCAGACGUGGACAGCCUGCGUCUCUCCCGCUCGCGGCUCAACAUCUACAAGGCCCUCGCCAGCCCGUCUCUCAUUGCCCUCUCCAGUGAAGAUCCAUUCCUCACAGCUUUUAAACUCAGCUGGGAGCUGAAGGAGCUCAGCUCACUGGAGAAUGAGUUUAAGUCUGAAUAUGAGGAGCUAUCUCAAACGUGUAAGCAGUUUGCCAAGGACCUGUUGGACCAGACUCGAAGCUCUAGAGAGCUGCAAAUAAUCCUCAACUACCGCGAUGACAUCGACCCUCUGCUGGAUGAAAACAUCAAUGAUCUGGCCCGGCUGAAGCUGGCUAUCAAAUAUUGCCAGAAAGAGUUUGUUGCUCAGCCCAACUGCCAGCAGCUUCUGGCGUCUCGGUGGUAUGAUGAAUUCCCAAGUUGGAGGAGGCGUCACUGGGCAGUGAAGUUUAUAACCAGCAUCUGUAUUGGCAUCCUCUUUCCAUUGUUAUCCAUCUUCUACUUGAUAUGUCCAAAAAGUCGCUAUGGCCUGUCCAUCCGUAAGCCUUUCAUCAAGUUCAUCUGUCACACUGCUUCCUAUCUGACCUUCCUCUUCAUGCUCUUCUUGGCCUCUCAGCAUAUUAACACUCAAGACCCAGAUAAUCCCGCUGCAAACUUCCAGGGCCCGGCACCCACUACUGUGGAAUGGAUUAUCCUGCCUUGGGUUAUUGGUUUUAUUUGGACUGAGAUCAAACAAAUGUGGGAUAGUGGUUUUAAGGACUACAUAGACGAUUGGUGGAACAUAAUGGACUUCGUAAUGAACUCACUGUACAUCGCAACCAUUUCACUCAAGAUUGUUGCAUACAUCAAGUUCAGAGGGUGCAAACCCAGAGAAGAGUGGGAAACAUGGCACCCAACCUUGAUGGCAGAAGCCUUGUUUUCCAUCGCAAACAUCUUCAGCUCCUUACGCCUCAUCAGUCUUUUCACUGCCAACUCCCACCUGGGCCCUUUACAGAUUUCAUUGGGCCGUAUGCUUUUGGAUAUCCUCAAGUUCCUCUUCAUCUACUGUCUAGUCCUUCUGGCUUUUGCUAACGGCAUCAAUCAGCUCUACUUUUAUUAUGCCACAGAUGGUGUGAACAAUUGCACGGGCAUUCGCUGUCUCACACAGAACAAUGCCUUUUCAACGUUGUUUGAAACACUGCAGUCAUUAUUCUGGUCUGUGUUUGGACUGAUCAGCCUGUAUGUGACCAAUGUAAAGCCAGACCAUGAAUUCACAGAGUUUGUGGGCACCACUAUGUUUGGCACCUACAAUAUCAUCUCCUUGGUGGUACUUCUGAACAUGCUUAUCGCAAUGAUGAACAACUCCUACCAGCACAUUGCUGAUCAUGCAGACAUAGAAUGGAAAUUUGCAAGAACAAAACUUUGGAUGAGUUAUUUUGAAGAAGGGGGAACCCUAUCAUCUCCAUUCAACAUAAUUCCCAGUCCAAAGUCAAUUUAUUAUCUGUUUAGAUGGAUAAAAAGAUUUGUGUUUAGGAGACCAGGCAAACAAAGACUCGACUCAUUUGAGACUUUGGGGUUUCGUGCAGCAGAAAAUGUCCGCUUAAAACACGAGUAUCAGGAGGUUUUAAAGAACAUUGUGAAGCGGUAUGUGGCUGCAAAGAUCAGAGAUGCCAAAACCGAAGAAGGAUUGACUGAAGAAAACUUCAAGGAGCUCAAACAAGAUAUUUCCAGCUUCCGCUAUGAAGUUCUGGGAAUGAUGAAGGGCAAUCCUCACUCUGCUGCCAAAAGUCGAGUUUCAAGUUUCACGUUUGCGUACCCUGGAAACUCCUUCAAAUAUUGUCCCAAACUUUCAACAGAUGAGUCUCAACAAGAGCCAAACCUGCUCAGUGUGGCUGCCACCACCCUGCAAAGUGAAGCUACCAACGCCACCAGCUCUGAGAGCUCAGAUAAGCCAACCAAUGGUUCACUUGUUUUGUGUGUCACAGAAAAGACACAGAACGAAAUAUCUGAAGAUGUAUCAAGCGCGGGAUGCUCCCAGAGACGGAGGAAACACUCUUCUCAGAAGUUUGAUGAAAUAUGCUCCUUGUUAAAGGAGGAUAUUUUAAAAUCUGGAAGCCAAAACCAAGAUCAGCUUCUGGGUGAAAACGUGGAUGUAGAAGUUUCACAGAAAGUGAAUGCAGGCGUUCAGGAAAUGUGGCGUUCCUAUACCGUCUCUUAUAAGGAAGCAAAAAAUGGGCCAAAGAAAAGUAAAAGUAAAUCAGCGAGUGAGUAA